AAAUUGGUCAGAGCCGUAGCAUGGCUUAGAAGGUUCAUAGAAUUCCUGAUGAUACUUCGUUCACCGAGUCACGAAGGAUCCGUUCAUCUAGGAUGUUUAAAGGUCAAGGAGCUUGACAUCGCCAAGCGUAAAAUUUUAUUGAUGGUUCAGAAAGAGGUGUAUGGAGAAAUAUUUAGUGAAUUUAAAAACAAUGGUAACCUACUUAGUCACAACGAUCUGAAGGGCUUAUCACCGAUAAUACUUGAUGGGUUACUCUGCGUUGGAGGUCGACUAAGCUACUCAGAGUUCCCAAAUGCCUUUAAACAUCCAAUAAUAUUGCCCAGUCGACACUUAGUGACAGAAAUGAUAAUUAGACAUUAUCAUAAGGAACAAGGACACACAGGAACGUCACAAGUACUGGCUACGAUCCGGAAAAGGGUAUUGGAUAAUAAAAGGAACCAGCACGGUUAAGAGAGUGAUAGGAAAGUGUGUGACAUGCCGGCAGUUUACGAUGAAUACAGGACGACAGUUGAUGGCGCCGCUUCCAGUUUGUAGAGUUCAACCAGGAUGGUAUAGCUUUUCAGCCGUGGGAGUAGACUACUUUGGACCCCUUGUGGUCAAGAGAGGAAGAUCAUUAGAAAAAAGAUAUGGAUGUGUAUUUACUUGCUUGCAAACCCGAGCGGUACAUAUUGAAAUGACACAUAGUUUGAAUACUGAUUCGUUUAUAAUGGUCUUGCUACGUUUCAUUGGAAGAAGAGGGAAACCUGCAGACAUUUACAGUGACAAUGGGUCAAAUUUCGUGGGUGCAGUCUCUGAACUAAGGAGAUUCGUGCAACAGUUGAAUCAACAGAAAAUAGACAAGGAACUGUCAGCUAGGCAGAUUCAGUGGCAUUUUAACCCGCCCUCAUCCAGCCAUAGGGGUGGAGUCUGGGAGAGGAUGAUUAGGUCCAUACGCCGACUGUUAUUAUUGAUAACUAGAGAACAGACUUUAACCGAUGAGACGCUAAGCACUUAUUUGAUUGAGAUUGAAAGGAUAUUGAACGAUCGACCCUUAACUCCGAUCGUUCAAGAUGCUAACGAUAAACUAGCCUUGUCGCCAAAUAGUUUGUUAUUAUUGAGAGAAUGUGACGGAAUAGUCGAAGAAGGUAGCAUCAGAGAUAAAUAUGACAAACGUUGGAAACAGGUUAAUCAUCUUGCCAAUGUGUUUUGGAAAAGGUGGUUAAGAGAGUAUUUACCGUCCCUACAAAAACGUCAAAAGUGGUUAGUUGAACACCGCAAUUUUCAGAAAGGGGAUGUAGUGAUCGUGGCUUCGGACAUAUCGACUCGUGGAAAAUGGCCUAUAGGAGUAGUUGAAGAUUGUGAAAUAGAUGACGACGGAAGAGUUAGAACAGUGGUUGUUCGUACGAACGGUGGAUUAGUCAGGAGAGAUAUACGUAGAUUAUGCCUCCUUGAAGGCUCGAAUUAGUUCCUCGUAUUAUCAAUGUAGGUAGGUCGAGUAGGCGUACUGUUGUAAGUCCUACUCGUUCCUAUGGUGUGAUAUGUUAUAUAAUGAACCAUGACCAUAGGCAUCAAGGUAGCUUGUGUGAUAUGGAGGGAUUUUGGGGGCCAGUGUAAGAUCCAUUUUGAAGGUUUUGUGUGUUGGUGAAAAUCCCUCCAUGUAUAUACUUGUACUUUGUUCCUAUUGAUCCCCUUAGUUGUACAUUGUUGUAUUUUGAUUACAUUUGAAUUGUUAAUACUUGUAUUUUUUAUUAUAGUUUUUGUUUUUCUUACGCAUUCACUAAGUUUGUGUUUCUUCCUGAACUGCAUCUGUGUUGAUUUACUUGACCCUUGUUCUUGGCGGUAGCCGUAUUGAUUUGCUCCUCCUUUUGUGUGUGUUCUAUCCAGUCAGGAUAGAAUAACGUUCAUUUGUUUUGACUGAUUUGAUUGAUUGAACAAUUAUUGGUUGAAUAGCCGGGUGGUAAUAUUUGUUUAGAACCGCUAUUUACCCGAUUACUUGUUUUGAUUUC